GGCAAAGAUAAGGCCCUGAGGCCUGAAACCUUUUUCCUCAUCAGAUGGAUACGCUUUCUUCAUCCAACGGCCACAAUUAUCCCCACCGAUUAAACUCCCCAAACAGCAAUCAAAUUCCCCUCUCAACUCUAUAUAACACCUCCAAAUUCCAACCACCGUUACAACCACCUACCAUCUCUCCACCAUGGCCGCCGCCGCAUCCUCCUUCAUCGGAACUCGUCUUCCCGUUGCCCCAGCCGGCUCGGGUAGGGUACAAGCCAGAUUCUCAUUCGGCAAACAAAAAAGCCCACCAAAGAAAUCGUCAAAAAAGCCCGUUUCGGAUCGGCCGCUGUGGUUCCCGGGGGCCGUGGCGCCGGAGUGGCUGGACGGGAGCUUGGUGGGGGAUUAUGGAUUCGACCCAUUUGGGCUGGGCAAACCGGCGGAGUACUUGCAGUUCGACUUGGACUCAUUGGACCAGAACUUGGCUAAGAAUGUGGCUGGUGAUGUGAUUGGUACUCGGUUCGAGAAUGCGGAUGUGAAAUCGACACCGUUCCAGCCGUACAGUGAGGUGUUUGGGUUGCAGAGGUUUCGGGAGUGUGAGCUGAUCCAUGGAAGGUGGGCUAUGUUGGCUACACUUGGUGCCCUCACUGUUGAGUGGCUCACCGGCGUCACUUGGCAAGAUGCCGGAAAGGUAGAACUGGUGGAAGGAUCCUCAUAUCUUGGACAGCCACUUCCAUUCUCUAUAUCAACAUUGAUAUGGAUAGAAGUUCUGGUAAUUGGGUACAUUGAGUUUCAAAGAAACGGUGAGCUUGAUCCAGAGAAGAGACUUUACCCGGGGGGCAAGUACUUUGAUCCUCUUGGCUUAGCUGCCGAUCCCGAGAAGAAGGUGACGCUACAACUGGCUGAGAUCAAGCACGCUCGCCUCGCCAUGGUUGCGUUUCUCGGUUUUGCCGUUCAAGCUGCUGCCACUGGCAAAGGCCCCCUCAAUAACUGGGCAACCCAUCUGAGUGACCCUCUCCACACUACCAUUAUUGACACACUCUUCUAUUCAUCUUGAAAUGGUUGAGUUCUUUGUUCUAGCUCUGGUUUGUAAUUUAUAUUUUUAGAGGGCAAAAUUGCAAUUCUCUUCCUGUCAUAUCAUGUAAAUUAUUAUAUCUGAACCGUCUGUCAAAGGAUCGAUGGGGUGGGUUGGAGAAGAUUUACAGAUAGUAAUACAUAAAUACAUAUUCCUUCGAUUGAGAUA